CGGCAGUACACCUGUUGGAAGCUCACAGAUUUGAUUGGAGAGUUAAGGGAAAGUUGGAAUGGUCACUUCUGUGUUUGUCAAAUUAUACUUUACUGAAGCUGGUUCUUUUUUUUCCCAAGCUGGGAUUUAAACCUUGCACUUGAGGGCUCGGUACCUGGAAACAGCCAUGGAGUGGAAAAUACUUCCCAUAUACUUGCUGCUACUUUCUGUUUUCUUGAUUCAGCAAGUUUCUUCUCAAGAUUUACCGAGCUGUGCAGGGAGAUGUGGGGAAGGGUAUUCUAGAGACGCCACCUGCAACUGUGAUUAUAACUGCCAACACUACAUGGAGUGCUGCCCUGACUUCAAGAAAGUCUGCACCGUGGAGCUUUCCUGUAAAGGCCGCUGCUUCGAGUCCUUCGCAAGAGGGAGGGAGUGUGACUGCGACUCAGAUUGUAAGACAUAUGGCAAGUGCUGUCCUGAUUAUGAGAAUUUUUGUGGAAAAGUGCAUAAUCCCCCAUCACCAUCUUCAAAGACUGCACCUCCACCUCCGGGAGCAACUCAAACCAUCAAAUCAACAACCAAACGUUCACCCAAAGCACCAAACAAGAAGAAGACUAAGAAAGUGAUAGAGUCAGAGGAAAUAACAGAAGAACAUUCUGUUUCUGAAAAUCAAGAGUCUUCCUCCUCUUCCUCUUCCUCUUCAACUAUUCGGAAAAUCAAGUCUUCCAAAAAUUCAGCUGCUAAUAAAGAAUUAAAGAAGAAACCCAAAGUAACAGAUGACAAGAAGGAAAAAACUCCUAAAAAGAAACCUACCCUAGAACCACCGGUUGUAAAUGAAGCUGGAAGCGGACUGGAUAGCGGGGACCUCAAGCUCACCCCAACUCCUGACACUCCUACUACCCAAAGCCAUAAAGUUACCACAUCUCCCAAGAUUACAACAGGCAAACCAAUAAGUCCUAAACCCAGUCUUCCACCUAGUUCUGAUCCAUCCAAAGAGACACCUUCAAAACCUAAUAAAGAGACAAUAGCUGAAACUAAAGAGAUUUCUUUAACAAAAAAAGAAACUUCAAGUGGAACAAAAGAGAAGGCUGUUUCAACUAAAGAGACACGAAGUGCAGAGAAAACACCUGCUGAAGAUUUUGUAUCCACAUCCAAAGCUCCUGUUAAAUCUACACCCAAAGCUGAAACUACAACCAAAUCCCCUGUUCCCACCACCACCACGGAGCCUACACCCACUACCACCAAGGAGCCCACAUCCACCACCCCUAAGAAGCCUGCACCCACCACCACCAAGGAGCCUGAACCCACCACCCCUAAGAAGCCUGCACCCACCACUCUUAAGGAGCCUGCACCCACCACCACCAAAGAACCUGCACCUAAUACCCCCAAGGAGCCUGCACCCACUACCACCAAAGAGCCUGUACCCACAGCCCCCAAGGAGCCUGUACCCACUACCACCAAGGAGCCUGAACCCACCACCACCAAGGAGCCUGAACCCACCACCACCAAGGAGCCUGAACCCACCACCACCAAGGAGCCAACACCCACCACCCCUAAGAAGCCUGUACCUACCACUCCUAAGGAGCCUGCACCCACUACCACCAAGGAGCCUGAACCCACCACCACCAAGGAUGAACCCACCACCACCAAGGAGCCGACACCCACCACCCCUAAAAAGCCUGCACCUGCUACUCCUAAGGAGCCUGCACCCACUACCACCAAAGAGCCUGCACCCACCACUCUCAAGGAGCCUGUACCCACUACCACCAAGGAGCCUGAACCUACCACCACCAAGAAGCCAACAACCACUACCCCCAAGGAGCCUGCACCCACCACCCCCAAGAAGCCUGCACCCACCACCCCCAAGGAGCCUGCACCCACCAGCCCCAAGAAGCCUGCACCCACCACCCCCAAGGAGCCUGCACCCACUACCACCAAGGAGCCUGCACCCACUACCACCAAGGAGCCUGAACCUACCACCACCAAGAAGCCAACACCCACUACCACCAAAGAGCCUGCACCAACAGCCCCCAAGGAGCCUGCACCCACUACCACCAAAGAGCCUGCACCCACCACGCCCAAGGAGCCUACAACUACCACUCCUAAGGAGCCUGAGCCCACUACCAUCAAAGAGCCUGCACCCACAGCUCCCAAGGAAUCUGGACCCACCACCACCAAGGAGCCAACACCCACCACCUCUAAGAAGCCUGCACCUACCACUCCUAAGGAGCCUGCACCGACGGUCCCCAAAGAGCCUGCACCCACCACCCCCAAGAAGCCUGCACCCACUGCCCCCAAAGAGCCUGCACCCACCACGCCCAAGGAGCCUGUACCCACCACCCCCAAGGAGCCUGCACCCACCGCCCCCAAGGAGCCUGCACCCACCACCCCCAAGAAGCCUGCACCCACUGCCCCCAAAGAGCCUGCACCCACCACCCCCAAGAAGCCUGCUCCAGCUCUUCUUGAGACACCUGCUCCAACCAUCUCAGAGGCCUCUACUACAACCACCACCAUGGAGCCUCCUCCUACUACUCCCAAGAACCCUGCUGAAUCAACGCCUGCAGAACCCACACCAAAGCCUCCUGAGAACAGUCCCAAGGAACCUGUUGUACCUGUAACCAAGGCUCCUGAAGUGACCAAACCUGAAAUGACAACACCUAAAGACAAAACAGAAAAAGACACACGUAUGAAACCUGAAAUUACAAGUGCUGUACCUAAGAUUACAACCCAAGAGACAGGAAUUCCAACAGAAGAGACCACUGAGUCCCAAACAAGUACAACCACACAAGUAACUCCUAUCACAUCGUCCAAAAGUACUCCUAGAGCAACAACUCCUGCACCCAAAGAAAUGACUACAACAAAAAAGACAACUACAAUGGAAGAGACUGUGAAUAAACCUGAAGAAACCACAGCUGUGCCCAAAGAUACAACCACGAAAUCUGAAGUGUCAACUUCCAAACCCCGAAAGCCAACCAAAGCACCAAAAAGGCCUACUUCUACCAAAAAGCCAAAAACAGUACCGAAAGGGAGAAAACCAAAGACUACAGCAACUCCCCCAAAGAUGACUACAUCGACAAUGCCUACAUUACACCCUACCUCUUCAGAGGAAGCCAUGCUCCAAACUACCACCAGCCCCAACCAGGGACUUAAAUCAGAAAUAGGUGAAGUAAAUCCAAAUAAAGAUGCAGAUAUUGCUGGAGAAAAACCUCACAUGAUCCCCAGGCCCCCUGCGUUAACCCCUAUAUUGACCCCAGGUACUGGUACCUUGGUGAGAGGAUCCAAUCAAGACAUCGCCAUCAAUCCCAUGCUUUCAGAUGAGACUAAUUUAUGCAACGGUAAGCCAGUAGAUGGACUGACUACUUUGCGCAAUGGAACAUUGGUUGCAUUUCGAGGUCAUUAUUUCUGGAUGCUGAGUCCAUUCAAUCCACCAUCUCCACCUCGUAAAAUUACUGAAGUUUGGGGUAUUCCUUCUCCCAUUGAUACUGUUUUUACUCGAUGCAACUGUGAAGGAAAAACUUUCUUCUUUAAGGAUUCCCAAUACUGGCGUUUCACCAAUGACAGAAAAGAUCCCGGGUACCCCAAACAAAUUGUAAAAGGAUUUGGAGGACUAAAUGGAAAAAUAGUGGCAGCUCUCUCAAUAGCUAAACACAAGGACAGACCUGAAUCUGUGUAUUUUUUCAAGAGAGGUGGCGGUGUUCAGCAGUAUAUUUAUAAACAGGAGCCCAUCAGAAAGUGCCCUGGAAGAAGGCCUGCUAUCAAUUAUCCAGUGUAUGGAGAAACAACACAGGUUAGGAGACGUCGCUUUGAACGUGCCAUAGGACCUUCUCAAACACACACCAUCAGAAUUCACUAUUCACCCAUCAGAGUCUCUUAUCAAGAAAAAGGUUUCCUCCAUAAUGAAGUUAAAAUGAGUUUACAGUGGAGAGGAUUUCCAAAUGUGGUUACUUCAGCUAUAGCACUGCCUAACAUCAGAAGACCUGACGGCUAUGAUUACUAUGCCUUUUCUAGGAAUCAAUACUAUAACGUCGAUGAACCCAGUAGAACAGCCAGAGUCAUUACCACUCGUUCUGGGCGGAGCUUAUCCAAUGUUUGGUACAACUGUCCUUAGACCCACGGGCAAAGGAAGAGUCAACUAAUUAAAUGAAGAAUGAAAAAUUUUGACAUUGAAAUACAUUUUAUUAAUAAAGAAUGUUGAGAGAAGCAUACCAAUUUAAAUACAAAAUGUUUUUAAUCUCGACAAUCAUUACACUAAAACAGGCUUGAGAAUCUUAUUCACAAUUAUUACAGUUUACAGGACAUUUAA